CACACCACACCCCCUUCCUCCUUCCGGCCCGGCCAUGGCGCUGCGGGCUCUGGGCGAUCGUUUGCAGGCCGAGGUGACGUGCCCGCUGUGCCUGGAGCUGUUCUCGCAGCCGGUUCUCGCUCCGUGCGGCCAUUCGCUGUGCUCGUCCUGCUCCCGGCUCCUGCUGGGCUCCCCGCCUGGCCCCGCUCCGUGCCCGCAGUGCCGCGCCUCCAUCCAGCCCGGUUCGCUGCGGCCCAACUUCCCGCUGGGCGCCGUGGCCGAACUGGCGGCCGCCCUGGACGAGGCGGCGGGGGAAGAAGCGACGCGGCCGCGCUGCCCCGAGCACGGCGAGAUCCUGGGGCUGUUCUGCAUCAGCUGCCGCCGGCUGCUGUGCGCCGUGUGCCGCCAGCACCGCACGGACUGCGGGCACCGCGCACUGCCGGCAGAGCAGGCGGCGGGGACAAUGAGGGAGACGCUGCAGAGCAAUCUGGCAUUUCUAGAGAAAGAGAAGGAGGAGUUUAAUCCCAAAGGAGAAACCAGGAUUAACAUGCUGAUGGGCACAGUGGCCUCAGAGCAGCAGAAGCUCCGUGCUGCCUUUGAGCAGCUGCAGCAGUUCCUGCGGGAGCAGGAGGGCUCCCUGCUGGCCCAGCUCAAUGGGAUGCAUGCAAGACUCACCGAGCAGCACCAGGAAUACACCUGCCGUGCUGCAGAGAGGAGGGCGCUGCUGGAGGAGCUGCUGGUGGAGAUCCCGAGGAAGCGUGAGCAGCCGGCGGUUGAGUUCCUGCAGGACGUUGCUGGCAUUUUGGACAGCUGUGUGCUCCCUGCAGGCUUCUCCCCCAGGUGCAUGGAAGCGAAGGUCCCUAUCCCGGAGCCGGUCUCCCCAGAGCUGCAGAGGGGAGUCAGCAACCUGUGCAAGGCGAGCGAGCAGGUCCUGGCUGUGCUGGCUGACUUCAGAGUGAACCUGCUGAGCAAGUUGGACACAGAAAGAGUGAAGGUGUUGCUGGAUCUGGAGACGGCAAGCCCGUACCUGAGCAUCUCAAGUGACUGCAGGACCCUGCAGAUAGCAGAAGAACAUCAGAACCUCCCCGACACCCCCAAGAGAUUCACGGGCAGCGCCAGCGUGUUGGGAUCUCAGGGCUUCACGGCUGGGAGGCACUACUGGGAGCUGGAGGUUGGGGGUGGGAACACCUGGGCUGUGGGGGUGGCCCUGGAGUCUGUGCAGAGGAAAGAGUCACUCGUGAUGGCCAUGGAGAAGAUCUGGGCCCUGCGGAUGGACUGGGACGGCAGCUACACAGCGCUGACCAUGCCGCCCACCCAGCUGAGCCUGCAGGAAGAGCCACGGCGCAUCAGAGUCCACCUGGACUAUGAGGCUGGGCAAGUGACCUUCUACAACACCGACAACAUGCGACAGAUCCUGCAGUUCAACGUCUCCUUCAGCGAGAAGGUCUUCCCCUACUUCUGGCUCUGGACGCCAGGAACACACAUCAAACUGUGCUCCUGAUGGCGGCCGUCACCUGAUCCCCUGCCCACGUCCUGGACUGAUGGGGAUGGGGAUGGCACAGCAUCGCUGCAAACUCACUGCACCUCUGCCUUGGGCAUCGCUGCAUCUCCUCCUGCUGAAUCCUUUAGAGCAUUAAAGAUUGCAGAACGAUAGGA